CUGCCCGGAAUGUAGAUGAUAUGAGGAAAUGUAAAGUAGGGUGGAGCUCUAGAAAAAGUAGCCAAUCCGAGAGCAGGUAGUAUAAUUAGUUUACGAUUGACCAAUCAGAAACGAGCAGUGGGAACCGUCCGGGCGCCAAAUUUCGAAAACUUGUCAUUCAAACAAAUCCAGAGGGCAAAGUCUGCAGAUCGAUCGAUAUUUUUCACUUAUUUGAGGUUCAGAGCGCGCAAAAGCGGCCAGCUGACGGGAGCCAUUUUCAUCAGCUGAUCUCUUUGUUUUCGGUUGACCUCUAUCAAGUAACGACUGUGUUUCGUGAGAUUUUGGCUCUCAUCACUACCGUUUUCGUCAUGAGGAACAUGUGUGAACACCAUGCUGCAGACCUGGGCCGCCUGUGGUACCAGCUCCAGACCGCUGUGCGCCGGGCACCCUCGUACCAGCCUAACCUCAUCCACCUGGACAUGGUGGAAGAUGACGAGGAUUUGAGAGAUCCCGUAGUUUCGUCAACACAAAGAGACGAUGCAGUGGACCGACUGCGCUGCCUGAACAGAUGUCUCCGCUUCAAACACGAGGCCUUCGCUCUGGCUGUCAACAUCCUCGACAGAUUUCUGUCCAUCAUGAAGGUGAGAAUGAGGUUUCUCGGCUGCCUGACCAUUACCUGCUACUUUAUUGCCAUCAACAUGUUAGAGGAAGACCAGGAGCUUCCAAGCCCUGUCCACCUCAUCAGAAUAAGCCAGUGUCGGUGCACGGAGGCAGACCUGUUCCGGAUGGAAGGUAUCGUCUGUCAGAAGCUCUACCACGAUUUCGGCGCGGUGACGCCUCUCACCCUGCUCCAACUGUACCACGGGAUUUGCGCGAUGACGGGAACAAUGGACGCCAUUUUGGAGAAGAGGAACCUCACGCCUGCUGAGCACUUGGAGCGAACCAUUGCAAAGCUAGAGGCUUGUCUCUGCCGCUCUCCAUUCACCAAAUUCACCGCUCCAGUUCUGGCCAUGUCACUACUGAUGUGCGAUUUGGAUGCAUUUGACACACGGGACAACAACCCAGAUCUCUGCAGUACACUCAACACACUCAAGGUGGCGUCGCAGAUCAAUGAACAGCACUUGGUGGAGUGCCAAAAGAAGCUGGAAGAGUUCCUGCUGCAGUACUCCUCCCCGGUCAGUAGGAGGCCCACCUCACGGUUCACCUGGGUCCUGUCCUCGCGCACGGCCAGGCAGCUCAGACCCAGCAUGCAGUGGGCCAUGGACCUCCCCACCAUUCUGGAGGACGGUACUGAUGGAUAUGGGAGCUAUGGAAGCAGUGAGGAAGAUGCCUCUAGUGAAGACGACUCACCAAGAUCAGACACUGACAGCGUCUCUUCUGAUGAUGACGACGUCUUCCAAACAGAGACUGAGAAGUCGCGGCUGUGCCUGACGUGCCACAUCCAGAAAUCCAGACAGAAGUUCUGCCCCAUACAGCAGCAGUGCUGCAACAUGUGUGGACAGUUGCCUCAGCAGGCUGGGGCAUAGAUGUGUGUGUGUGUGUUGGGGGGGAGGGGGGCAUCAUGAGCAGACAUGGACAUUUUUGGGAAGGGGGCACUGAUGUUUAGCUUGAACUAAAAGCUGCAGAUGCAUACAUGAUACAUGACCUUGAUACACUUUAUCCGUCUUGUCUCAGAAGAUGGUUGAUGACUUCAGUCACUUUCCAGCAUAUUCAGCACUGAACCAUGUAAAAAUAAAGCAUUCCAGGAACUGCAAUAACUGACUUCACAUGUAGACUUUCACAAGCAUCAGUCCUAUACUGCAAGAAUAAUGUUUCAUUGUCAGUGAUCACUGUGGAUCAAUGCUAACUGUAAUGAAUCUAGUUUACACUGCCAAGAUUGGCAUCAUUAGCCAAGGUGCCUUUGGUAACUGUAUGCUCUGUAUGACGUAAAUGCAGUGAUGUGAUGACGACUUUUCAUCUGAAAUUGUUGCAUCCAAAUCAACCUCAGGAAUUAGAUCAUUUGCAAUGCCAGAAUGCUACAUUGACUCCGGAGUUCCGUGCAAUUAAAUGCAAAAGUUGCUGCCGAUGAUAUGCAUGUGUAGCAAGAAGUGUAGGUACAUAAUAUCCAUUUGUUGUUUUUUGGGUUGUUUUGCUUUGACCUUAGUAACCAUGAUGUUAUGACUCUAAUACCAGCAGAUAGAUACUUUUUGCAGUUGAUAAAUUUAGUAGGGACAUAACGUGAUCUGUGUGAGUGUAGAUUCAAUGCAGAUUCGGUGAGUGCAACAGGCCAUAGAAGAUUUAAAGUGUGACUUAUAUAAGCUAUAUUGCUCUACAGUAACUACUGUACUAUUACAUGAAGUAUUAUGACAGCUUGGAUAGAUUUUAUUAAAGUUUUGAUGGUUUUUGUAAACAAUAAGUUAGUUAUGUUUUAUGCAUGCAGCAUGCAUUGUUUUAGAUUCUUUCCCUUCACGUUGAGUUUUGAUGGAUUUUGUAAACAAGAAACCAUGUUGUUUGUUUUAUAGUUAUACUUUUUUGCAUAGACAUGUUAAAAUGUUUGAGUUACAUUUUAGUCUCUGUAACUCUUUUCUGUUUCACUUUCCAUGUUAAAAGCAUCAAACUGUUGGGUAAGGGGGAAAACCAACUACAGUACUUAAUAUAAGAAUGGCAAGUGUGUACUGAUGCACUAAAUGAUAUGUCUACCAGUGCCUUUAGCACCAUAUACACUGCACAAUGUAUAAUACACUGUAUGUAAAUAUGUAUCAUGAUGUAAAUAAUUUCUUUGGACAAAACCAACUUUUUUGUUUAAACUGUGGUUUCAUCUUGAACCAUCCUGGCAGUUUAUGAUGGUGUACAGCAACAUAUAAUAUAUAGUCUUUGGUGCCAACUCUGUAACAAGUGUAAUUUUAUACUUGUAAGAUACCAUCAUGUCUUUCUGUAACAUUGACACCUGUCUUUUCUGUGAAUAAAUCUGUCA